UUUCGACCAGCAAAUAAUUCCAUCGUCGUCGUCGUCACUUGCUUUUUUCUUCUUGGUCAGCACAGCACGUAAAACGUAAAGCCAACUUAAAAGAUGGCCAGCCAAACGCAGGGAAUCCAGCAGUUGCUCGCUGCAGAGAAGAAGGCCGCCGAGAAGGUGGCAGAGGCAAGGAAACGCAAGGCAAGGAGGUUGAAGCAGGCCAAGGACGAGGCCACCGAGGAGAUUGAGAAGUUCCGUCAGGAGCGCGAGCGCGCCUUCAAAGAGUUCGAGGCCAAGCACAUGGGCAGCCGGGAGGGCGUUGCUGCUAAAAUCGAUGCGGACACCCGCGUGAAACUGGCUGACAUGGACCGUGCCAUCGUGACGCGCAAGGAGCCCGUCAUCCAGGAGAUCCUACAGUUCGUCUACAACAUCUCACCCGAGGUGCACAAGAACUACAAUGCCAAGUAGGGAGUGGGACAUAGUGCCUCCAUUAUCCGUAUUCGCAUCCGUAUCCAUCUCUGACGGCGACGUUUCUGAUGUAAAUUCAAUGUCCAAGUUCAACUCUAAUGCAUAAUUUAGCCCCAUAAUAAUAGUGGAAACAAUAUGAAACACUACUGUAUUAUUAUUCCAUAAAUUAAAGUGCAAAAAUUCGUUGUUGUUCCCCUUUAAAAUUGAGAGUUGGAGAUAUGAAUUAUUCUGUUAAAUGUUCUGUUCAAUACACGUUGUUAAUUUUAUUUGAAA